CCUCCUAGUACUUCCGGUGUUUACAAGGAAUCCAGAAAAUGGCGCGUGAAAGAAAUAAGCGACAAGCAGACACUCAAGAUGACGAUGAAACUGGUGCCGAGGAAUAUAACACCAUGCAAUACAUGCAGCUUGAUCAAAAUAGAAGCGAGAGGCUACGAGUCCGCCAUGACUACCGGGUCCUUAUCGAAGACAUCCAAAAGAAUACACAUGAUAUGAUAAAUCCAGAAUCCAAAAGGCUGCAAGAAGCUUUAGAUGAGGCCAACUCUCUCAACAAGGAAGUGCGGAUGCCCAGGGAAGGAGCGUUAGACUCCCAAGCAGUUCUCCUCAUAUCCAAUCUGAGCCGACAGAAAGCAGAAGCCCUUCAUACAGACUUUGUCAAAUUUGAACCAGUCGAGUUUGCAGAAAAGUUGAUAACCUUUGUAGAUGGUGGAGCUGACAGACAGAUAACACCACAGAAUUGGGUCAUGCUUGGAACAGCAGUCCAGAAAUUUUUCAAGAAAUCACCAGCCUUCCACUUCAUGGGAGGAUCUUUUGAGAGAUUAGCUGUUCCUAAAAUAGGCAACAAACGAGUGCCAAAGAUGAAAGAAAAGGACAAUUUACAAGAAAAGGCCACAGUUCCUAAACAGUUGAACAAUUUCGGAGAAGGAGGAAAGAACGAGGGCACGACACAGGAGGUGGAGAGGCUGUUUGGUCUCCUUAAGAAGUUUUAUAGAGACACAAACAAUCAGCCUAUUUGCUAUUUUGAGUUUGUACUGAAUCCAGAUUCCUUUGGGCAGACUGUUGAAAAUAUGUUUCAUGCUUCAUUUCUUAUCAGGGAUGGUCACGCUCGUAUUUUCCUGGAUGAUUAUCGGCUUCCCCUAAUUGAGCCAAUCAGUGACAGAGAGAGAAGUGAGGAGGCGUUUGACAAGAUGGCUAAACACCAAGCAAUCCUGUCGAUCACACCAGCCGAAUGGAAGGAACUCAUUGAGGUAUAUAAAAUCGAGAUUCCUCUGAUUCCCACCCGAGACCAGACAAGUACAAACAACUCAAUGACAGUCAUGAGGAAGUCUACAUCCAAUGUGGCUAAUUCUUCUACUCCAUCCUCAUCCCGGAACAGUCGUGGAAACAGCUGAGAUUACCUCACAACACUGUUAUAAUACAGACUUCCACUGUUAACAGGUGACCAUAUGAUGUCGAAAGGGAGACAACCAGGCUAGUCCAUUGUUUAUUAUUCAGGAUUGAGGAGUCACAGGUGACCCUUGAGAAAACAGUAAUUCUGCUAAUGGAAAACUCAUGGAAAGAUUCCUGUGUUUCCUCGGCAGAUGACUCGAACAGCUGGUGUUUCCUCCUACAAUGAGAUUUCACUCAAUGUGCCAAAUCAGAGAUGGACACGCAGCAUGCUCCAAGGAGUGUGUAGAUAUUUAAACAGCGUAUAGGUUAUGUUGUAAUGAGGAAAACUGUAUCUACUGAGCCCUUGUGUUGGGUUCUUACUUCACUAAGACCCACACAAACUCAGAUAAUAGAUUUCCAUUGUUACAUCUAUUUAUUUGUUCAAAUAAAUGUUGAUAACUUUUUUACUCUGUGUUAUACAUCAGAUUCAUUGUUAUGUGCCCACCAUGAAGAAGUUGGAGGUAUACUGUCCUCUGUCACAAACUUGGUUCAGUAGUUUUGUAUAGUUUGAUUUAAUUGUGAUAAGAUGCUUAUAUUCUGAUGAAACUUUCUUUUGAGGUCAAACAAUACUUUGAGCAGUCAAAAUGGAAAAUCAAAUCAUUUUUUUUUCAAAGUUGGACAGGUUUUGAACAUCACACAACUUCAGCAGUUGAUCAUGUCCUCGUUAACAGUGAUACGCUGUCAAUGUUUGGGUUGAUCAUGUCCUCGUUAACAGUAAUACACUGUCAAUGUUUGGGUUGAUCAUGUCCUCGUUAACAGUGAUACACUGUCAAUGUUUUAGUUGAUCAUGUCCUUGUUAACAGUGAUACACUGUCAAUGUUUGGGUUUAUCAUGUCCUCGUUAACAGUAAUACACUGUCAAUAUUUGGGUUGAUCAUGUCCUCGUUAACAGUGAUACACUGUCAAUGUUUGGGUUGAUCAUGUCCUCGUUAACAGUGAUACACUGUCAAUGUUUGGGUUGAUCAUGUCCUCGUUAACAGUGAUACACUGUCAAUGUUUGGGUUGAUCAUGUCCUCGUUAACAGUAAUACACUGUCCAUGUUUGGGUUGAUCAUGUCCUCGUUAACAGUAAUACACUGUCCAUGUUUGGGUUGAUCAUGUCCUCGUUAACAGUGAUACACUGUCAAUGUUUAGUUUAUCAUGUCCUCGUUAACAGUGAUACACUGUCAAUUUUUGGGUUGAUCAUGUCCUCGUUAACAGUAAUACACUGUCAAUUUUUGGGUUGAUCAUGUCCUCGUUAACAGUAAUACACUGUCCAUGUUUGGGUUGAUCAUUUCCUCGUUAACAGUGAUACACUGUCAAUGUUUGGGUUGAUCAUGUCCUCGUUAACAGUGAUACACUGUCAAUGUUUAGUUGAUCAUGUCCUCGUUAACAGUAAUACACUGUCCAUGUUUGGGUUGAUCAUUUCCUCGUUAACAGUGAUACACUGUCAAUGUUUGGGUUUAUCAUGUCCUCGUUAACAGUAAUACACUGUCAAUGUUUGGGUUGAUCAUUUCCUCGUUAACAGUGAUACACUGUCAAUGUUUGGGUUGAUCAUGUCCUCGUUAACAGUGAUACACUGUCAAUGUUUAGUUGAUCAUGUCCUCGUUAACAGUAAUACACUGUCCAUGUUUGGGUUGAUCAUUUCCUCGUUAACAGUGAUACACUGUCAAUGUUUGGGUUUAUCAUGUCCUCGUUAACAGUAAUACACUGUCAAUGUUUGGUUUAUCAUGUCCUCGUUAACAGUAAUACACUGUCAAUGUUUGGUUUAUCAUGUCCUCGUUAACAGUAAUACACUGUCAAUGUUUGUGUUGAUCAUGUCCUCGUUAACAGUGAUACACUGUCAAUGUUUGGGUUGAUCAUGUCCUCGUUAACAGUAAUACACUGUCAAUGUUUGGUUUAUCAUGUCCUCGUUAACAGUAAUACACUGUCAAUGUUUUAGUUGAUCAUGUCCUCGUUAACAGUAAUACACUGUCAAUGUUUGGGUUGAUCAUGUCCUCGUUAACAGUGAUACACUGUCAAUGUUUGGGUUUAUCAUGUCCUCGUUAACAGUAAUACACUGUCAAUGUUUGGUUGAUCAUGUCCUCGUUAACAGUAAUACACUGUCAAUGUUUCGGUUUAUCAUGUCCUCGUUAACAGUAAUACACUGUCAAUAUUUCGGUUGAUCAUUUCCUCGUUAACAGUGAUACACUGUCCUUGUUCAGUUGAUCAUGUCCUCGUUAACAGUAAUACACUCAAUAUUUCGGAUUAUCAUUUCCUCGUUAACAGUGAUACACGGUCAAUGUUUUGGUUCAUCAUGACUUGAUAUUUGAUGUUGAUGUUUUGUGAAAGUUUCUUUGGAGUUAUCAUUGAUGUACAGCUAGUCAAAUUGGGGGGGGGGGGGG